AUGCAACUUUCAAUCACCGUCGUGCUGGCCUUGAGCAGCUUCGGACUCGCAGUGAAGGACUUUGGGCUCAAAAAGCUCUCGCCUCCCGAAAAUCUCGUAAGGCACGUACCAAGUGCAGAAACAGACUGGAAAGCCUAUGGGAUUGCAAUCAAGCUUGGAGCAGGCGUGGGUGCAACCCUAACUGAUGGAGAAAUCAUCUUCGCCGCCGUAAAGGCCAUGGACGAGGUGACGGGGAGCUUGACAAAGAACCAAAAAAGAAAGUAUCCCGGCAUGAUGUCGGCAAUGCGCUACGGGGAUUACAUCUACUUUGGCAGCUCCGUCAAGGGGGGAGGACAAGGCAAGAACUAUUUCCUCAAAACAGAUCUUAUCUCGUCCGGUCCCCCACCAAGGUUCAUUGCGAAUUCUCCCGAUUACUGGAUGCACCAGCUCGGGGGAGAGCAUAUCAGGGGCGGCACAUGCGCCGAAGUGACGGCGGUCCGGCUGUUUGACGAGCACCAAAGGUCACAAGGCUCCCAAGAGUUCAAGUGGCCGGAGCCAUCAAAGACCAAGUUCGUCGCAUUUUCAAGUUUUGGUAGAGUCGAGGCGCCUUGUGACCCGCAUGACCCUAACUGCCACGAGGACGGAGAUGAAAACCAUGGUUGCAAACAGCUCCUCGCAACCAUAGGCUACAAUGCGCCCACUCAUGUUAUCGUCCAGGGAAAUCCCACAAUCGGCAGAUGGGAAGCCUUACAAUUCGACCAUCGUGGAGCUGGGGGCUUUUGCACUCUCUCAAGGAGGCCUUCGACAGCGGGGAGAGCCCAGACCGGAAAUACUGGCGUGAAGACAAAUCCUGCCGGUUUGGCCGCAGGUAGGGAGCCUGCAACCAGGAUGGCCGGGAUGACGAAGGGAAGUUCUAGGGGGAACAAAGGCACGACUGAAGCCAGCGGAGCCGGGGCCAAGAUUGCUCCAGCUAAGAGCGGUGCUAUCGCGCCACUUACUCAGACCGAUGGUCAGCUCACUCCCGCCACUGCUGCUAUCGGCAGCCGUACCAAGGUCCAACCAGGUAGUGAUACUUCUCGUAAGCAGUUGAACAUGCCUCCCACGGGUGCUUCCGGCGGAAACAGCGGCACCAAGAAAGGAGCCUUGAGCAAGAGGUUUCGAGCGUGA